CCCAAAUACAUAAUCCACCAGCCCACACUACACUUACUUCGUCAGGAUCUUAGCUCACAAAGGCAGCUAAAAAAAAAAUAAAGAAAGAGAGAUAAUCUCACCGCCUCUUCUUGGUUUGGAAAUGGGAUCGAGCGGUUUUGGAAGCUUAGUCAAAGUGAUCCUCCAGAACUUUGAUUUGCUCGCUGGGCCCGUGGUUAGUCUGGUUUAUCCUAUGUAUGAGUCAAUCAGAGCCAUAGAGACCAAAAAUCCUGAAGAUGAUCAACAAUGGCUUACCUACUGGAUUCUCUACUCAAUGAUUACACUUUUUGAGCUUACAUUUGCUAAAGCCAUUGAAUGGAUACCCGUCUGGUCAUAUGCAAAACUAAUUGUAACAUGCUGGCUGGCCAUGCCCUACUUCAGUGGUGCCGCGUAUGUGUAUGAACACCUUGUACGACCAUACAUUGUUAAACGACAGGCUAUUAACAUCUGGUAUGUACCACGAAAGCAAGAUGUCUUCGGUAAACAGGAUGACGUUCUAAUUGCAGCGAAAAACUACAUCGCGGAACACGGAACUGCAGAUUUUGAGAAGAUUAUUAACAAGGCCGGAAAAGGAUCGAAGUCCCGAGAAUAGCAGUUAUGAGGAUAACAGAUAUAUAGAUAUGUGAAUGUUCUGCAACUCCCUUGUUGCCCCUUGGUGAAGAAUAGUAGUUAUCUGACCUUUUAAAAAGUGUUCCCCUUUGCAACUCUGAAAGUUAGUAUGUAGUAAACUAAUAGAUAUAUAUACUCUCGCGCGUAGAACUUUAUGUAUUGCGAGGAAUGAAUUAUGUCGUCCCCCUCGUAUGCACUGAUUAUACUUCAUGUAUGUGUAAGCAAUUUUCUUGUAUAAUUUUAGAGAUCACCUAAACAUGGAAAAGGUAGCUCAAUUUCCUGGACAGUCAAAAUCUCACAUG